GUGAGUAUGUUCUUUAGAGUUUACUAAGUAGAGAAGAGGGGUAGAGAAGAGUGGCGUGUCUCGUAGCACAAGUCAGUGAGAAGUAUUCAGUGACAAUCAAAGUCAGAGAACCUAGGAGAUGAACCAGAAUUACACAGAAUUAAGUGAAAUUGGAAAAGGCAGAACUAGUCAGCACGAGAUGUUGCCCAUAAAAGACGGAUUUUCACAGUCAGAGCUUGGCAUUCAAGGAGGACCAGCGCUGCGGAUGCGUCUGACUUGGAAUUUUCUAUGACAUGGAGCGCACACUGUUCUUGAUCGUGAUUUUUGCCAUUCUUGAAAUAUCUUUAACAGUGAAAGGAGUCCCACUGCAAACUGGUAAGCUGAACAUAACAGAGACCCAGCAGUGAUUCGAGCUGCAGGAAAUCAUGUUCGUUUUCUCAGCACUGUCGAUUACCUCGAUGUACGAACGUUGCUUUCUCCAGUGCAUUCCGUAGAUCUGGAACGGUUCAAGUUCACGUGACAGUAAGCCAUGGUGAGCACUUUUCACGUGUCCAUUCACCUUCUGCUGUGUGGGUUCAGUCAGUUACUACACGUGGCUUUGAGGUGUGUACGCGUGAGUCAGGCAUUGGGUCAAAUGGGACAGGAAUCAUCAACUGGUUGGCUUUCCAAGAUCAUCCACAAAUAACGCGUGAUAGUGUUUCUUUUCGUGGAAUAUGGACGACAGAAACAAAAUGUGAAAAAGUCACCUUCUCCAAGGGGUUUCCCGGAAGUCCUUUCGUCUUUGUGUCAGCUAAGUACACACGUGACACAAAGCCAGAUGAUGCCAUGUACGUUUGGUUAGAGAAUGUAAAUUCCAGAAGUUUCGAGGUGUGCAUCCGGGAAUUCUUACCCUUUGAUGGAAAACACCAAGACACCAUUGUGGAUUGGUUUGCAUUUAUUGGCAACGGAUCUGAAUACAAUUUUACACUGUCAGGACAAUUAGAUUUUCCAAAUGUUGGAAUCCCCAAAGCUGACGACAACUAUGGAUUUUGUCAGGAGGUGCAGUUUAACACCACCUUUUAUGCGUCACCAGCUGUUCUUCUUUCUGUUCAUCAUUUUUCUAACCGUCAAGUCAGCAUGAAAAGCUUCGUUUUACCAGAAAAUAACAUCGUUACAGCCUGGGUGGAGGAAAUUGGACUAAAAUCUACAAGGAUAUGCGUGAAGGACUUGAGUGGAACAGGAAGUAAGCACGACCCUUUGACUGUCAGUUACAUCGUGGUUGGAGAUUUGAAUCCAUGCCUUAAUGUGCAUUGUCCUUCUUUUGGAGUCUGCAAAACUUACAGUGCCAAUGAAGCUCGAUGUGUUUGUAACGAUAACUGUCCUUCCUAUAGAGACCCAGUGUGCACCGAAAAUGGAACAACAUAUGAAAACAAAUGCCUGUAUGAGCUGAGCUACUGCAAGGGACUGGACAACAACACUUUGUAUCAUCCCGGUAGCUGUGAGGGCUUUCCAAUUUCACAUGGCCGAGUUAAACUUCUUCGAGUUUCUAAAUGGUCAGAUUCGAACUGCAAGACAGUGGUAUUCCCACUAUACCGGUUCUAUCCGAACAAGGAAGUAGAAGUACAGAUCACCCUGAAUCACAUGAAUCUGAAUGACUCCGUGACGGUGCACCAUGCUAUCACAUCUUGGACCGAAAAUGUCAAUACUCAAAAUUUUACUGUCUGCGCGAUGCAAUCUGGAAGAAGUGCAAACAACUUCAAUCCACUUGCUACCAUUGAUUGGAUGGCGUACCAAGGAGCACCACCAGAGGGAACGACAGGAAGGCUAAAGAUGAAAAAAUGGUGGUCGGGGACGAAUUGCGCCGAUGUGACGUUUCCAAAGGAUAAGUUUAAGAAUCCACCCGUUGUUCUUGUAACGUCUAAUCACCAACGGAUUGGGAAGGAAUAUGAUGCUUCUCUGAUUUGGGCCGAGGAUGUAGCCAAGGACUCGUUCAAAGUUUGUAUGCGGGAGCUCCAAAACUUUGAUGGACGACAUAAUGAUAUAAGCGUGCAAUGGUUGGCGUUCUCUAUGCUACACAAGCCGCUGUUUACUGAACAUGGCCAUGUUUACUUUCCGAACACAAAUCCGCCAGCAGAUAAAGAUAACAAAGCAUACUGCGAAUUUCUGCAGUUUACACGAAGUUACAACACAACUCCAUUAGUUCUGAUUUCAGCCAAUCACAGCACAACAGCCAGUGGAAACUUGGCGCCUGUUCAUAACGGCAUUGCCACAUGGAUCGAGAAUAUGAAUGCUUCUGGAGGCAGAGUUUGCGUUAAGGAAUUGUACGAGACAAGAUAUGAUUCUGUGUCAGUGAGUUAUGCGGUUCUUACAGAUAUCUGUGAUCCUGGAUGGAGCUAUUUCAAUGGAUACUGUUACUUUACGAGUCAAACCUGCACGACAUGGGCUUCGGCACUUUCAAAAUGCAGGCAAGAAAACUCAGUCCUUGUUGAUAUCAGUAACAACGAAGAAAAUGUUUAUAUACAGCAUCGCCAUGACGGAGAUAAGUCCUGGCUGGGUUUAAAUGACAGAUCAACAGAGGGUGACUUUACUUGGGCGGAUCUAGGACAUGGAAACUUUACAGCCUGGGCCAAGAAUCAACCAAAUAAUUACAAAGGAGAAGACUGCGUGCACUCACUUGGUGUGAAAUACAGUUAUGAAUGGAACGACGUACAGUGUAGUGAUUGUCAUCAGUACACCUGCAAAAAAGAUUUAAACGAAUGCCAAUCGAUGGCAGACCGCUGUCAUCAGUUGGCCACCUGUACCAACGAACGAGGUUCAUACAAAUGCGCUUGUAACCGUGGAUAUGUUGGAAAUGGCUUUGACUGUCAUAGGCCCUACAAGGAAUAUGACUGCUGGCGCAGCAGAUACAAAAAUCCAAGUGGAAGCUGGAGCCACUCUCCUGGCCUAAUUGACGCAAUCGAUUUCCAAACAAGUAGUGACGUCACGCUGCUAGGAUACCGUCUGUGGGGAGUCUAUAGCGGUUCAACCACUUUCCAGGUCACCAUCCGAUUGUAUCGUGGAAGCUCCUUGAUGGCAGAAAAGAUUGGAUCCUACCACACCACAUUCUCAGUUAAGACGUUUGAAGUUCGUUUUUCUUCAGGGAUUUCUCUUCGUGCAGGUGUAUCAUACACAGCAACAUCUAAACUGACCACAGGCGGUAGUUUCACCCAUGCUCACUUGAAUGGAAUGUCGAGUACUUCAUGUUCUGGUAUCACUGUUACGUUUACGAAAUCUUCCAAAGAUAGUAACGGAUCACGUGUAUCCAGGGGCCAAAUACCAGCGCUGAUCUUCAGUAUCCCCUCACAAUAAUAAAUGUGUACUUUUGUUCAGUUUGAGAUGUUUCAUCCAUAACAAGUAGACCUCAAUUACUUGCAUAGGAAAAACUUAAUAACUACAUUUUAUUAGCGGUACCAACUCAAAAAAGUCAGUAAAAUUUCUUGCAGCUAAGUAAUAGUGAUAAAGAAGGCAGUUUCUGACGGUGAGUUGUAUUAAAUCGGUACUACUGAUGUACGAGUGAGAAGCAGGGCUUUGUCAGAUUAAGGUUACUGUCAACAAAUCAGGGUAAAAACUGUUCUACGCGCGCUAAUUUAGAAGAAACCACGGGGAUACUAUUUAUCCCUGUAAAGCUUAAUAAGUAUAGAUUCUUAAAAUAACAACAGUCUCGACAGUUUUUGUUUUAGUAGGCACGUGUAGGUCCUUAAAGACAUCAUAUGACAAAUACGUCAUGUUCUGGGAUUGCGGUUACCUUUAAAACUUCAUCAAAUAGUUCGAACGGAUGUAACUUAUCUAGAGGCCAAAUACCAGCUCCGAUUUUCCGCUCAAUAUAACGUACAUAGUAGAAUCAACACUAAUUUGAUUAAAUUGAGGUUUAUAGAGCCUGAUCCGAGAAGCAGCUGCCCACAAUAAUUGUUUAUAUUGAACAUUCAGGUGAGGGUAGCUAGUAGCUGUCCCCAAAAACAAUCCUUUUCAAAUCUAUCCUCCCUCAGACAGUUACUCAAGGCAAACAAAUAUCAUUUAUUUGCUCAGUAAGGCGCGGAUGCAAAAAUCGUUCGUUAUUAAUAAAUAAAAACAUUUCAAUAAGAUGAAAUCGCCCUUGAUACACGAAACUGAAAGAUUUUAAAUAGAAAAGUAUGUGUUGCAUUUGCUCAAAAAAUCGUGAUUUUUCACAUCUUUCUUAAUUGAGCAAUUCAGCGGAACUUUACAUAUUAACCUUCCGUGGUGAAGUUGUAAGUUGUAUAGAAAUGUAUAAAAUAUGUUGAAAUGUAGGCUUAAUUUAAUGAUCUAUUGUUAACUAGCUAUGUUUCAGAAUAGAUUGGUUUUGUUAGAAUUACAUAAUAAUGAUAAUGGAUGAUGAUAAAUUUCUCCUUCAGUUGGUUCUUCACUUUAACGGAACUAACACUAAGAUAACACAGCUCUCAUAAUGAUUAUAAAGCCAUAUGUGCGGUGGCUCAUUGACAGGCCGAAAUUCCAGCGAGGGGUGACUAAAAAAAUGCUCUUGAGCUAUUUACAAGAACCUCUCGAAAACGAGGCUGAUACUUCAACGAUGUAUGUCUGUUUAAAACCGAAUCUUAUAACCAAUAAGUUCACGGCUAAACUGACCAAUCAGUUUACACUAACCUGAACUUGGUACACUCGAAGGACAACAACACAUCACGUGACUCUGAUGAUGACUUCUGCUCGGGUUGCCGAAACGUCAGUCACUACUACGGACAACAGUCCUCGUCGGGACUACCCUCAACGGGACGAUCAGACUAUUCUAUCAUAGGCCUAAGAGAUGAAUAUAAAAAUGUUGGUGAAACAAAAUUUUAGCUGUUAAAAAUUUCACAUAACAUUUUUAGAUUUUCAUCGUAAGGUUUGUUUUGACCUAACACUCUUAUCCGU